AAGCAGCGGUAGACACGCAAGCAGGGCAAGGACUCGCACUGUAUCAACGCAAACAUCAUCGAGCGAUGGCCACAGCGCCAAGCGUAGCGCUAUAGGAUUUAGUCCAUCGAAAAGCAGAUCGUCAGGUAUUGCAAGCGGUAAGAAACGCUCAGCUAAAAAAAUUCAGCGAUCAGCCUCGUCGUCAAAAAGCAGUCGUAUUCGGACGCCGCAGGACACAAAAAAGCAACGCGUGGCGGUAAGGAAAUCUUUGCGCGAUCGUUGUUCUCAGAAAACGCGUGGCGUCAAGAGAACCAGGCAAAGAAGCACAUCCUCAAGCAAGACAAGUGGACGUGAACGCAGUACCAAAAAAGCUCGCCGGUCGGAAAGCACGUCGUCGACACACAAGAACAGUCGGAUAAAGCUCAAGGCUAAAAAACGGCGCUCGUCAGCCAGCAGAUCUCCGAAAAGAAGUGUGAGCGCACGCAUGGUCGAGAGAAGCCGAAGUACGAGCUCGUCUUCAGUCAGGUCGUCUCGACAGAACAGCGCAGCUCAGAGGGUUCGGCGAUCAAGGAGUACUUCGUCGAGAAGUGAAAGCAGCCGUUCGAACGUCCAGACAAAAAAGCGACGCAAAUCUACUAGCAGGUCUCUGAGUAGCAGUGUUAGAAAAAAGCCGGGCGUUAAGAGAAACCGAAAAUCGAGGAGCGUGUCAUCAAGCAUAGCCAGCGGACACAAUCGCACUGCUAAAAGGGCUCGGUGGUCAAGGAGUUCCUCGGCCAAUGAAAGGAAGAGUCGGCCAAAGCUGAAGGCCAAGAAGCAACGCACGGUAAGAAGUCGAUCUUUAAGCAGCAGUGUUAAAGGCAAAAAGCGAAGGGCAGCAAGAACGCUUUCGACAAGGUCCGCUGAACACAAAGCCAGAGUCAACAAGGCACGUCGACCAUGGAGUUUGUCGUCAAGUAGCUGGAGCGGCAAGACGAAGUACGAAGGGUCCGUAAAUAUUUCAAGCGCGAAUGGAGUGUGUUUAGCUUGCGUGGCAUCGGAGACUUCCGUCAAGGAGAGUAGCAUUGAGUCGCGUGCGUCGACAAAGCCGUCACGUGUCAAAGAGGCCAGGGGUGGGAAGAGGAGCGUCACCAAGAACCGAUCAAGGUCGUCAAGCAGGGUCACCGGCCACAAACAAAGUUCCAAGAAGGUCCACCGUUCAACGAGUAGUACUACUUUGUCAAGCAGCACAGGAGGAACAGCGUCGAGGGCUAAAAAGCAACACCGGUCAAGUAGAGCGACGUCAAAGGGAACCAAGGGCAUAAAACGCAGGUCCGGCAGUCAGCACAGAUCAAGGAGCAGCACGCCUAGCAUCAGCAGUGACCUUCAAGCAAAUAAAAGGAGCAAGAGUCGACGGUCUAGAGACUCCUCGAGCUCGAGCGCGAAAAAGCUAAAGACGAAAAAGAAUACCCGGCCAAGAAACCGCUCUCCAUUAACGGACCGGAAGCCGAAAGCGAACUCUGCGCACGGUGGAAAGGCAAAGGCAACGAAAGAAAGACCUGCUAAUCGGAAAGUGCUCGAAGAAACAGUUGAAGAGACCACUACUGUCACUGUAACUGAACGUGAAGUCGUAACAGCUAAUCCGGAAAACAAGUCAAGUCAUGAACCUUCUACUAGGACGACAUCCGAGACGACUGAACACCAAGAAGAGUGAGACAGCUGACCAAAAAGCUAAGCUUACGAUAAAAACAGCAACACCAUUACGUGACAACACAGGCGAACGAUUUCAUAUGCAAAGUACACCGUUGCAUGUGAACUAAGAACAAAACGUGUACAGGCAGACGCUGAAAGCUGAGAACCAUGCCGAAAGUAACCUUGUUGAAAGCAAGCCCUGUUGUGACGUCAAAGAGCCGAGGCCUUUGGCAGGUGUUUUCUCGGGACUAGUUGACAACGAGUAUAGGCUAGACGACAUAAUCUAUUUCUGCAAGUCGAACUCUGCGGAUAACUGGAGCUUUCUUUGAUUGGUUAGGAUAGUAAACUCAGCGAGUAAUCGGUGUCAGAAGAUGACCGACCGUUCGGUUAGUGUUUUCGCCAAUUUUAUGUUAUGGAAAGGAAAUUCAAAGCUCUACAUGGCUCCUAAAAUUGGUAUGCGCGCCACUGGAAACAUAUAGUAUCACGUUGUCAUUAAAAUA